AUGCUCAUGCUCCGUUCUCCAUUUUCUGAUUCAAAUGUUCUCGAUCAUUUCUUGGAUGAAAUCACUGGAUCUGUUCAAUUUCCAUAUUGGAGAAAUGCUGAUCACAACUCAUUCAAUUUUUCCGACAAUAUUGGAGAGAUUGUAAAUGACGAAUCUAAAUUCUCUGUUCAACUCGAUGUUUCUCAUUUCAAACCAGAAGAUCUUAAAAUUGAAUUGGAUGGAAGAGAACUAAAAAUUGAAGGAAUUCAAGAAAAAAAAUCAGAGCAUGGAUACUCGAAACGAUCAUUUUCAAAAAUGAUUCUUCUACCAGAAGAUGUUGAUUUAACUUCUGUCAAAUCUGCAAUUUCGAAUGAAGGAAAACUUCAAAUUGAGGCUCCAAAGAAGACUAACUCAUCUCGUUCUAUUCCCAUUAAUUUUGUUGCAAAACAUUAA